AUGGCGACAACAGCACUUUACGCAGUAUUCGUAUCAGGGACUGCCUCAAGGUUUUCACUUGCUGCUAUGACUUUAGAUCGUGCCUGCGCUGUUUUAUUUCCACUGAAGGCUAAGAGCAUCUGCACAGCAUCGCGUGCCAAGAAAAUAGUCGUUAUUUCAACGAUUAUCCCGGGCAUGGUAGAUAUCAACAUUUUCUUUGGCUUCAAAAUUCAGUUCUUGGGGACUGAAUUCGCCUCUCCUUUUACCGAGUUCAAGGAACAUCGGUGGCUUGAGGUGGCUGUGGCUGCCUACCACUCGACGGCUAACGGUGUAUUGCCAUUCACAGUGAUUCUAGUAUCGAAUAUCUUGAUCUUAAUUAGCGUAAAACGUGCAGCUUCUGAGAGGAGGAAAAUGGCCAAAGAUGAAAAGGAAAACUUAGAAAAUGCCCAUCUGACGAGAAUUCUAGUGUUGGUGUCCAUGGCGUUUGUCGUUCUCUGUUCGCCGUAUCUGAUAUUCGAGGUGCUGGUCACAAUCCCGGAUGUAAUGGUAGCGUAUGAUUACAGCGACAUCUAUUGGCUCCUUAGAAUAGAUGUCAUCUUCUGGUCUACAGUGGCAUUUGCUGAAAUGAAUCAUGCAGUCAACUUUUAUUUGUAUGUGCUUGGAGGAAAGAAGUACAGAAGUGAUGCACGGAAUGUUUUGACCGUAUGCAUUCGCUUUACGCGAUGA